CGGCCGGGAGCGCGGUCUGGGGAAGAGCCGCGAGAUGCGCCUGACUCACAUCUGCUGCUGCUGCCUCCUCUACCAGCUGGGGGUCCUGUCGAAUGGGGUCGUUGCAGGGCUGCAGUUCGCCCCCGACCGCGAGGAGUGGGAAGUCGUGUUUCCUGCACUCUGGCGCCGGGAGCCGGUGGACUCGGCCGGCGGCAGCGGGGGCAGCGCGGACUCAGGCUGGGCGCGCGGAGGCACGGGCGGCGGAGGCGUCCGGGCGCCGGCAGCCAGCAGCUCCCGCGAGGUGCGCUCCGUGGCCCCGGCGCCGCCUCAGGAGCCCGUGGAAGGCGGAUCUGAGUCGCGGCCCCAACCCCCGCCGCCCGGGGGCGAAGAGGAUGAGGAGCUCGAGUCUCAUGAGCUGCCGCGGGGAUCCAGCGGGGCUGCCGCCCUGUCCCCGGGCGCCCCGGCCUCGUGGCAGCCGCCGCCCCCGUCUCCGCCCCCAACCCAGCCAGCCGAGCCGGACGGCGACGAAGUUCUGCUGCGGAUCCCGGCCUUCUCCCGGGAUCUCUACCUGCUGCUCCGGAGAGACGGCCGCUUCCUGGCGCCGCGCUUCGCUGUGGAACAGAGGCCGAGUCCGGGCCCGGGCCCCACGCGGGCGGCAGCCGUCCCGCGCCCUCCCGCGCCGCCUGACGCCGCCUGCUUCUACACCGGGGCUGUGCUGCGGCACCCCGGCUCGCUGGCCUCUUUCAGCACCUGCGGGGGUGGCCUGAUGGGAUUUAUACAGCUCAAUGAGGACUUCAUAUUUAUUGAACCACUCAAUGAUACAGUGGCCAUAACAGGUCAUCCACAUCGUGUAUAUAGGCGGAAAAGGUCCAUGGAGGAAAAAGUCACAGAGAAGUCCGUUCCUCACAGUCAUUACUGUGGUGUUAUUUCAGAUAAAGGAAGACCUAGAUCUAAAAAAAUAACAGAAAGUGGAAGAGGGAAACGAUAUUCAUACAAAUUACCUCAAGAAUACAACAUAGAGACUGUAGUGGUUGCAGACCCAGCAAUGGUUUCCUAUCAUGGAGCAGAUGCAGCCAGGAGAUUCAUUCUAACCAUCUUAAAUAUGGUUUUUAACCUUUUCCAACACAAGAGUCUUGGUGUGCAGGUCAAUCUUCGUGUGAUAAAGCUUAUUCUGCUCCAUGAAACUCCAGCUGAUCUGUAUAUUGGGCAUCAUGGAGAGAAAAUGCUGGAGAGUUUUUGUAAGUGGCAGCAUGAAGAAUUUGGCAAAAAGAAUGAUAUACAUUUAGAGAUGUCAACAAGCUGGGGAGAGGACAUGACCUCAGUGGAUGCAGCUAUACUUAUAACAAGGAAAGAUUUCUGUGUACACAAAGAUGAACCAUGUGAUACUGUUGGUAUAGCUUACUUGAGUGGAAUGUGUAGUGAAAAGAGAAAAUGUAUUAUUGCUGAAGACAAUGGCUUAAACCUUGCAUUUACAAUUGCUCAUGAAAUGGGCCACAACAUGGGGAUUAAUCAUGACAAUGACCACCCGUCAUGUGCUGAUGGUCUUCAUAUCAUGUCUGGUGAAUGGAUUAAAGGACAAAAUCUUGGUGAUGUCUCAUGGUCCCGAUGUAGCAAGGAAGAUUUGGAAAGAUUUCUAAGGUCAAAGGCCAGUAACUGCUUGCUGCAGACAAAUCCCCACAGUGUCAAUUCUGUGAUGGUUCCUUCCAAGUUGCCAGAGAUGACAUACACUGCUGAUGAGCAAUGUCAGAUUCUCUUUGGGCCACUGGCUUCCUUUUGUCAAGAGAUGCAGCAUGUUAUUUGCACAGGCUUGUGGUGCAAGGUGGAAGGGGAGAAAGAAUGCAAAACCAAACUAGAUCCACCAAUGGAUGGAACCGAUUGUGACAUUGGUAAGUGGUGUAAGGCUGGAGAGUGUGCCAGCAGGACCGCAGCACCCGGACUUGCGGCUGGAGAGUGGAGCAUGUGGAGUCCCUGCAGCCGAACCUGCAGUUCUGGGAUCAGCAGUCGAGAGCGCAAGUGUCCUGGGCUAGGUUCUGAAGCAAGGGAUUGUAAUGGUCCCAGAAAACAAUACAGAAUAUGUGAGAAUCCACCUUGUCCUGCAGGUUUGCCUGGAUUCAGAGACUGGCAAUGUCAGGCCUAUAGUGUUAGAACUUCGUACCCAAAGCAUGCACUUCAGUGGCACGCUGUCAUGGAUGAAGAAAAGCCAUGUGCCUUAUUUUGUUCUCCUGUUGGAAAAGAACAGCCUAUUCUUCUAUCAGAAAAAGUGUUGGAUGGAACUUCUUGCGGAUAUCAGGGAUUAGAUGUCUGUGCAAAUGGCAGGUGUCAGAAAGUUGGCUGUGAUGGUUUAUUAGGGUCUCUUGCAAGGGAAGAUCAUUGUGGUGUGUGCAAUGGCAAUGGAAAAUCAUGCAAAAUCAUUAAAGGAGAUUUUAAUCACACCAGAGGAGCAGGUUAUGUAGAAGUGCUGGUGAUACCUGCUGGAGCAAGAAGAAUCAAAGUUGUGGAAGAAAAGCCAGCACACAGCUAUUUAGCUCUCCGAGACACUGGAAAACAGUCUAUUAACAGUGACUGGAAGAUUGAACACUCUGGAGCAUUCAACAUAGCAGGAACUACUGUCCAUUAUGUAAGACGAGGCCUCUGGGAGAAGAUCUCCGCCAAAGGUCCUACUACAACACCUUUACACCUCCUGGUGCUGCUGUUUCAAGACCAGAAUUAUGGUCUUCACUAUGAAUACACCAUCCCAUCAGACCCUCCUCCAGAGAAUCAGAGCUCCAAAGCACCGGAACCCCUUUUUAUGUGGACACACACAGGCUGGGAAGAUUGCGAUGCCACAUGUGGAGGAGGAGAAAGGAAAACAACAGUGUCUUGCACAAAAAUCAUGAACAAAAAUAUCAGCAUUGUGGAUAACAAGAAAUGCAAGUACUUAACAAAGCCAGAGCCACAGAUUCGCAAGUGCAAUGAACAGCCAUGCCAAACAAGAUGGAUGAUGACAGAAUGGACCCCCUGUUCACGAACUUGUGGAAAAGGGAUGCAGAGCAGACAAGUAGCCUGUACCCAACAGCUGAGCAAUGGAACCUUGACCAGAGCCCGGGAGAGGGACUGCGCAGGGCCAAAGCCGGCCUCCGCCCAGCGCUGCGAGGGCCAAGACUGCAUGACUGUGUGGGAGGCGGGCGUGUGGUCCGAGUGUUCGGUCAAGUGUGGCAAAGGUGUACGUCAUCGGACUGUGAGGUGUACUAACCCUAGAAAGAAAUGUGUCCUCUCCACCCGACCCAGGGAGGCUGAAGACUGUGAGGAUUACUCCAAAUGCUACGUGUGGCGGAUGGGUGACUGGUCUAAGUGUUCAAUUACCUGUGGCAAAGGAAUGCAGUCUCGUGUUAUUCAAUGCAUGCAUAAGAUCACAGGAAGACAUGGAAAUGAAUGUUUUUCUUCAGAAAAACCUGCAGCGUACAGACCAUGCCAUCUUCAGCCUUGCAAUGAGAAGAUUAAUGUAAAUACUAUAACAUCACCCAGGCUGGCUGCUCUGACUUUCAAGUGCCUGGGAGAUCAGUGGCCUGUGUACUGCCGGGUGAUACGUGAGAAGAACCUCUGUCAGGACAUGCGGUGGUAUCAGCGCUGCUGCGAGACGUGCAGGGACUUCUAUGCCCAAAAGCUGCAGCAGAGGAGUUGACCUCUAGCAGGCUGGCUGGCUAACAGCUCUUUGCAAUUACAUUAUUUAUAAACACACACACUAGCAUGUUUUUCAGACCAAAUAUUAUCAGAUUACAUAUAAUUUAAUCAAAUUAAUUAAUUUAUUUUUUUUUUUUGCCUGCCAAACAUCCAAUAUGGUGUUUGCUUUGGUUCUACAAACAUUUUGAUUUAUACUAUAUGGCUUCAUAAAUAAUUUUAUAUAAAUAAGUUGGAUCCAGUUUCCAGAAUAAAAAUAAAAAGGGAAAAACAAAAACCAACCAAGAUCUUUAUACUUUAAAAAAUUUUUUUUAACAAUUUUUUUUAAGUUAGGGCUGUCUCUAAGGUGCUACUCUCUCCCUGACAAUACCAUUGAGUUAUCCAGAAUAUAUACUAAUUUAGCCUAAUAGUUUAGUUAUAUAUGGAGAGAUAUCCUUUUUUUUCCUUUGGUAUCCUGAUGCAGAAUUUGCCCAUUUUCUGUAAUCUGCAGGAGAUGUGUAAGCAUAAGAAACCUCAUAGUGUUGAACAGGUUUUUAGAGAAUGUAUUAUGCAUUGGGUUCAGAUUUAGAGAUAUCCAUAGGAAGAAUUCUACUGUAAUUAUAACCUUAUUGUAAUAAUGGAAAAGAAAAGUCUGAAUGGAGACUUUGAUCAUGUUCAUGAACAUGUACUUGAACACAAGUAUUGUAACAAUGAGACACUGUAAUGAUUUACACUGAAUCACCAUUGCACUGUUGAUAUAGUGUAGAGAAUCCGUUAUAGAAAUGGUAACAUCCACAAAAAUGUGUGUUAUUUUAACCUGUUGUCAUUAUAUUUUAGCUUUUUAAAAUAUUUUGAACAAAGAAAGUGUUGAUCCACCCAUUUCCUUGUAUCUUUUUAGCAGAUUUAUAAGAGUAUAGUACUUAGCCUCACAAAUCAUAAUGAGAAGAUUUACUGUUUUUCAGCCUUUUCCCUAGGAACAAGGAAAAACAAAAAGCUUAUAAUACUGUGGUAGUUUCAUUGUGUUUUUCUUUUUAAAAAUUAAAAAAGUUUUACAAUUCUGUGAAACGUUUAAAAACCAGUUUAAGGUUUUCUUGUGAGAAAAUAUUGUACAUGAUUCACAUGAUUUCUUAGAUUUUUCAAUAAAAUAUGUGAAACUUCCUGUUGGGAGGCAGUUCUUCAUGAGUCUCUCACAUUUCCACAUGUCUUGGCACUGUCUGCUUUU